AUGCUGUGCAGCGCUGACGCACGCUCUGAUCUUCUUGCCACUGUCUCAGAUUUCCUUGCCAUCCUUUUGUCUUCCAGCACUAUGGCGACUGAUACGAUUAGACUCGACAUUGCUCUCCCUGACAGUGACUUAGUGGUUGCUGUGUGGCGCAAAAUGCGGGUACUUUCAUUGCACACCCCCGUACGCACCGCCGCAAAUCCUCAAUUCACUACGUUCGUUGACAACAUUGGCGAAGACACCACAGGCAAUCGCCAAAGCCUUCCGCUGUUAAAUAAAACAACAGAGAUCGACGAAGCGCGAGCUUUUCUGUCCCCGUCGCACAUACUAGCGGAUGCUUGCGUGUGCCUUGACCGCACAUUUCUCUCGCCACGAAACCAACUGCUUGACAAUCUCGAGAACCAGUUCUAGAUGGUCAUCUAUAUACUGCACUGUCACGCGUCAAAAAACGUCAAGAUACGCUAUGCUUAGUUGGAGGAAGAAAUGAGGAGAGAGAUACGGCAAAUAUUGUACUAGAUGUACUACAAUCUUCUCGCCAUGUACGUAUCGUGGCCAAUAAUGUCGAACUUGCAUCAACGAAUCGCCC